GUGGCAACCUCCUUUUUUUCAAUCAGCUGUAAUUGUUAUUCUAUGAAAUUUGACUUAUGUAUGUAUUUUAUUUUAGACUAUUUUAGACGAAAUUGAAGAGAUUGCAGAAUGUUUGGUCUCAAGGAGGCGCUCUGGUCUUAUGGCAGUCGGACAAGACCAUUUCGCAUCUGCCGGCGCAACAUAGCGGGUGAGGCUCCCCAGACGGAAGGGACUUUUAAAUGGCGAAAGCCCAUCGGACAGCACACAGGCAUUAGCAUUUACAACCAUGGAAUGCGGCAGAAGGUGCCCCUAAUCCUGCGCAACCCCCAAAUGGUCACCUGGUACACCUGCGGACCUACUGUCUAUGACUCUGCGCAUCUGGGCCAUGCCAGCACCUACGUAAAGGUGGACAUCCUACAGCGCAUUCUUAGGGAUUACUUCAAAAUUAACCUUGUGACCGCCAUGAACAUCACGGACGUGGACGACAAGAUUAUCAAGAGGGCCCAGCUCGCCGGCCUCGAUUGGCAGAAGAUGGCACGAGCCUACGAGGCCGAGUUCCGGCAGGACAUGCUGCGCCUCAAUGUUCAGCCGCCGGAUGUGCGCAGCCAUGUGACCACCACCAUGCCAGUUAUUAUACAGUUCAUCCAACAGCUAAUAGUUGAGAAGCAGGCCUACGUUACGCCGGAUAAGUCUGUCUACUUUGAUGUGUCCCAAAGCCAGAACUAUGGAAAGCUACAGAAGCUGGAUCCAAGCGAGGAAAAGUCGGACCCCGUUAAAAGAAGCAGUGCAGACUUUGCGCUGUGGAAGUCGCGGAAGAGCGGCAGCGAGCCGACCUGGUUGGCUCCUUGGGGUGGCGAGGGUCGGCCUGGCUGGCACAUCGAAUGCAGCGCCAUUGCUGGUCUCUUCUUUGGCCGUCAGUUGGAUUUCCAUGCCGGUGGCCUGGAUCUGCGCUUCCCCCACCACGAAAACGAGGAGGCUCAAUGCUGUGCCCGCUACAAAACAGACCAGUGGGUAAACUACUGGCUGCACACCGGACAGUUGCAUAUGGUGGGGGACCCGCAGAAGAUGUCCAAGUCCUUGGGCAACACCAUAACCGUCUCGGAACUCCUCAAGAAGUACACCGCUGACGAGUUUCGAAUGGCUUGCCUGCUGUCGAACUACCGCAACGCCAUGCCCUACAGUGAUCAGUUGAUGCAGACCGCUCGGCAGACCCUGCAGAGAUUUAAAAACUUCCAGGCGGAUUUGAGUGCCUAUACACAGUUCCUCAAGCCCGUCCACUUAAUGGACGAGGGUGCGCUGAAGGCCCAACUGGUCCAUACGGUAACCGAGUUCGAUAGAUGUCUUCGAGAUGACUUCGAUACGCCUCGAGCUAUCAGUGUGCUGAUGGAUCAGAUGAGCAGCAUUAGUCGUUGCAUCAACGAGCAGCAAGUGGACGCCCAUGAGGAGCCUGCUUACUGCAUGGAUCUGCUUUUGGCAGCCGGUAACUUUAUUAACCGAGCCGUUGUCUCGUUUGGUCUGUCGGAGUUGGUAGAAAGAGAAUCAUUGCAGGAGAAGGUCUCCUCUUCCGAUCACGGCAUCGACCCCUCCCUUCUGGUGGAUGAUGUGUUAAGCGUUCGAGGGAGGAUGCGGGAGAAUGCCACAUCCGGAGAUGUGAAAAACUUGCAACUAUUGGCCGCCUGUGAUGAGCUGAGGACUUUGCUCCAACAGCACGGCAUACAAGUCCGCGACCACAAGAAGGGAAGCUCCUGGGUGUUUGCCGUGUCCUGUGAAAAACCUGAUGAUAAGAGCAAAAGCUCUGCAGAAUAAAUGUAAUUUUUUUAUUC